GUAAACACAUCUAUUCCGUAGUGUUUUAUUGGUGCGGGCCCCAACCCGAUUCCAAAAGCUAACCGACCUCUGCUGCCUUAGUCCGGACGACAAGAAUCGGCGUCGUAGCACAAAGCUCCUUCGAUUUGGUGGAUUCCAGACUUCUCUCUCGUCUUCAAUUCCUAUUCUACUUCCAUAACUGGUGCAAUUUUUCGCUUAUAGUGCGUAUUAAUAAUAUAGAAAAAGGUUUUGAUCUGAAUAUCCCUGAACUAUUCUUGGGUUCGGAGGGAAAAGGGAAAGAAGGGGGAAAAAAAGAAAGAAAGAGGGGAGCAGAAUCCGGGGUGCAAUGCAAAGGCUUGUUGACAAUGUUCUGGCUGUCACGAAAGAGUCUGUGAAGACGUUUACUUAUGAAUCACUGAAUAAUGUGGUAAGAUUGAUAAAUGGAAUGUCAGCAAUGUUGUUGGCUAUCUUGCCUGGUAAGGCUUCUAUUCUUGAAGGCAUUCAUGGUUGGGAGCUUAGGCCAACUUUUCGUGGACCUCGACUCCCACGCUGGAUGGAGAAUGGCGUGUCAUCUUUCAAUCACUUCAUUCAUGAGCUCUCUGUCGAUUCUGAUACAUCAUCAAGUGUAUAUUAUUCAUCUGAUGGAGAAGAUAGCGAUAUUUAUCCUGGAACUCCUAUGUCACAAAGUUCCAGAUUCUCAAGGGAAAGCAGUUUCACUAGGGCUAAGCUAAAUAGAAGUUGGAUAUAUUGGGUCAGAUGUUUAAUUUCAUGGAUUCUGUUUCCCAUGAAAUUGCUUUUGGGCGCCCCACGCUAUUUUUUCUCUUCAGCUUUUCAUAGGGAUUCAAGAGCCCCUGCUAGAUCACGGAACCUCCACCCUUCAUUUGCAAAUUCUCCUAGAAGAUUGCAAAAUCUCAAGGAGCAUUUUGUUCAGAGGGCCACUGAUCGCAGGCGCGGCGUUGUUGAGGAUCUCCACCUAGCAAUUGAGAUCUUCAUAGAAUCUGCAUUCGAUGUAGUUCACAAGGGGGCUCACUGUCUUCUAGCACCAGGAGAUACCCUUAGAAGAGUAUCUCGAUGGUUCUCUUCUCAAAGAAAUUGUCAUGCAGAUGCUCCUGUCACUUCUGUCUCCACUUCUGUUCUAUCAGAUAAUGAUCCAGCUCCUACAGAAAAGAAAACAACUUUCCACGGUACUCUCAAUACAGAUGCUCGGACAUGUCAGGAUGUCAUAACAGAGCUGGGGUAUCCUUAUGAAGCUAUUCAUGUGGUCACGGCUGAUGGUUAUGUACUUCUUCUUGAAAGGAUCCCAAGGAGAGACUCGACGAAAGUUGUUUUUCUGCAACACGGAAUAUUGGAUUCAUCUAUGGGUUGGGUGUCCAAUGGGGUUGUUGGUUCUCCGGCUUUUGCAGCCUAUGAUCAAGGAUAUGAUGUUUUCCUUGGGAACUUUCGUGGAUUGGUCUCAAGAGAACAUGUUAACAAAAAUAUCUCAUCACGACAAUAUUGGACUUAUUCCAUCAAUGAGCAUGGUACUGAAGAUAUACCAGCAAUGAUAGAGAAGAUACAUGAAAUAAAAAUUUCUGAAUUGAAGUCCAAACAAUCUGAUUUGGAGGUAGAGAGUAAUAUUGAUCAACCUUACAAAAUAUGUGCAAUUUGUCACAGCCUGGGCGGAGCUGCUAUUUUGAUGUAUGUUAUAACACGUCGGAUCGAGGAAAAGCCCCAUAGACUUUCCAGGAUGAUCCUAUUAUCACCAGCUGGCUUCCACCAUGAUUCCAGCUAUGCAUUCACAGUGGUAGAAUACCUGUUUCUUUGUCUUGCUCCCAUCCUAGCACCUCUCUUGCCGGCUUUCUACAUCCCCACUAGGUUUUUCCGUAUGCUGAUGAAUAAGUUGGCUCGUGACUUCCACAACUUACCUGCAGUUGGGGGACUUGUACAGACCCUCAUGAGUUAUGUUGUCGGCGGGGACAGUUCUAACUGGGUUGGAGUGUUAGGUUUGCCUCAUUACAAUAUGAACGACAUGCCCGGUGUUGCAUUCCGGGUGGCUCUUCAUCUGGCACAGAUGAAGCAUUCAAGGAAGUUUGUAAUGUUUGAUUACGGGAGUGCGGCUUCCAAUAUGGAAGUUUAUGGUUCCCCGGAGCCACUGGAUUUGGGUGAGUAUUAUGGCUUUAUCGACAUUCCUGUUGAUCUUGUUGCUGGAAGGAAGGACAAGGUGAUCAAGCCGUCUAUGGUGAGGCAGCACUACAAGUUGAUGAAAGAUGCGGGAGUUGAUGUUUCAUACAGUGAGUUUGAGUAUGCACACUUGGACUUCACAUUCUCACAUCGAGAGGAACUCUUGUCAUAUGUCAUGUCGCGGCUGCUACUAGUUGGUUCCCCAUCAAAGCAGAUGCCUAGACCAAAAUCUCUUAAGCUGAAAAGAAAAGAUUUACAUGCAGGAAUCGCUAAAUGAAAGCAGAUGGCAUGUCGGUACCUGAAACCUGUCUUUUAAAUAGUGCUUCAGGAUGUUUCUACAAUGUUCAUAUUAAUGUGUAUAGAGAAAAUAGUUCCAACAGUGCUUAAUGUAAUUGGUGGCCCUUUUGUCUGGGAUUUGAGGAGACGAGGACUUCGUGGAUUCGAUAGAUAGAAAACAGAGUUGUAGAAUGAAAUAUGUUGUCUGUAACCAUAUCUGAUCUAUGGUUUUGGUAUUUAUUGUAAGUAUCUUUUCUUCCAAAAAUUCUUGUAAAUGCAUCUGACUACCAUUACAGGCAGUUCCCGUGCAAGGGUUUAUUGUGUUAGUUGAAUAAUUGAAAAUUUUAUUCUUAUA